AGAUCACGGCGAGGACCCAGCAGCAGCGGCGGAGGCGGCGGCGAUGGGAAGCCCCCUGGGCGGCUGGCCGAGCCACAACCCGCAGAACUUCAGCCAGCUCAUCCCGGCCGACCCCUCCGCCCAACCCUCGAGCGUCACACCGACCACUUACGUCGCAGCACAUAGGACGGAUCCACCUCCUAAUCAAGUAAUCACAACAGACCCCAGGAACAUCCUGCUGAGGCAUUUCUACCAAAAGUCCGAGAACAAGCUGAGGCCGAAGAGGGCGGCGGUGGACAAUCUCGCCCCGCAGAACGGCAAGCAGCCCAGGGGCCCCGGUGGUGGAAGCCAGUCAAGUACUAGAAGCUAAAUAGGAGAGACCUGGUGUUCUCCUCUCCCCUGCUACAUCCCAUUGGUCUGUGCUGCUGCUGCUGCUGUGUAUCAUGCUGGUUCAGUGUUCCUGAUAUGGUGCUGUUCCAGCAUGCUAUAUGAUGCGCCUGAUUUAAGGAGGAGCUUUGCGUGCGUGCAUGUAGAUACACACCUCGGUGCGGUGGCUUUUAGGCUUAAAAGCACCACUGCAGUCUUCCCUGUGGAUAAUGUGCCCACACUAGCCUUCAACUUGUUGUACCUUUGGGUUUGGAUAAUUGUGCUGUUUUAGCGAAUAAUUGGUUUGAUUAACCAUCGGCUUUUGACAGGCCGGCGG